AUGCAGCAACAACAGUCUAUUAUUGCUGAAUUUGACAAACAGUAUGAUCAAAUUAAGCGUGAGUAUUGGCUUCGCUUAAAUGCUUCAGUUGAUGUGGUAAGGAUUCUCUUGAAUCAACGAUUUGCAUUUCGCAGUCAUGACGAAAGUGAAUCGUCAUUGAACGAGGGUGAUUUUAUUGAAAUUCUUUCAUGGUAUGCUGAUAAAUGUGAUAAGAUUAAACCUUUUGUGUUGAAAUGUGCUCCAAAAAAUAAUAAGAUGACUUCUUCAGAUAUUCAAAAAGAAAUUGUGAUAGCAUGUAAGAUAGAAACUAUUAAGGCUAUAAUAGAGGAUCUAAAUGGUGACUACUUUUCUUUAUUAGUUGAUGAGUCUAUAGACGUGUCACGCAAAGAGCAAAUGGCUAUUGUUUUACGGUAUGUCGAUAAAAAAGAAAGUGUGAUGGAGAGGUUUAUUGGCAUUGUUCAUGUUCGAGAUACUAGUGUUUUAUCUCUAAAGAAAGUAAUUGUCGAUCUACUUGUUCAUCAUUCUUUAAGUUUAUCUUUUAUACGUGGACAAUGUUAUGAUGGGGAAAGCAAUAUGCAAGGUGAACUUGUAUUAUUGGUUUCAAAUAUUUUGAAUGUGUUGGGAGCUUCUUUUAAACAUGUGGAUGAAUUUCGAGAUUCUCAAAAUGAAAAACUCCAAGAGGCAUUAGAUAUGGGUGAACUAAACACAGGUAGAGGCUUGAAUCAAGAACUUGGUCUUGUUAGAGACGGUGAUACUCAUUGGGGAUCUCACUACAAGUCAUUUGGAAACUUUAUUCGUAUGUUUGGCUCUAUAGUUGAUCAUGGUAUUUUGGUGCCUAAUUUUGAUGAUCUAUAUGUUAACUCUGGAAGAUCACGACGAAAACCUGCUGAUUAUACUGUCUUUCAUCAUUAUCGUGUUGAUGUGUUUUGUAAAGUUUUUGAUUGGCAACUUCAAGAACUUAAUGAUCGUUUUGACGAAGUGACGACUGAUUUGCUUCAUGGAGUUGCUUGUUUGAAUCCAAUUGACUCAUUUUCAAGUUUUGAUAUCAGAAAAAUAAUGAAGAUGCCUGAAUUGUAUCCUGAUGACUUUGAUGAAUUUUGGAUGAGUGCUCUUGAGAAUCAACUUGCGAGUUACAUUAUUGAUGUUCGUGAUUUUUAUGAAAGGUUCUCCAAUCUAAAUGGGCUUUCUGAUAUUUCAAAAUGA